AUGUCACAAAGAGCCCUCGUUCUCCAGGCAAUCGGCCACCGUCUGGUCGAGGUUGACCGUCCCAUCCCCCAACCGGGCAAGGACGAGCUCCUCAUCAAACUCACCUCUGUCGGCUUAAACCCCCAUGACCAGAAAUCCCGCGAUCGCGGUCUCUUCGUAACAGCCACGCCCUACAUCCCCGCGCACGACCUCGCCGGCGAAAUCAUCGCCAUCGGACCAGACUCAGCUACUGACUUCACCAUCGGCGAGCACAUCUUCGCGCAGAGCCGUCUCCCACUCAAUCAAGUCCUCAACGACUUCAAUGGGCUUCAGCAGUACGCCCUGGUGGACAUCAAGUAUGCCGCCCGAGUAACCGACACCGGUCUCUCGGACGACGAGGCCGCCACGAUCCCCGUCAACGUCGCCACGGGCUUCGUGGUGUUCUUCUCCGAGGGUGGAUUCGGCCUGCCUCUGCCCGACAGCGGAGUCGACUUUGACUACGCAUCGCAGAAGCUAGUGGUUAUCGGCGCGGCGACGAACUGCGGCCGGUAUGCGCUCCAGUUUGCCAAGUGGUUGGGCUUUGGGGCUAUCGUCGCGGUGGCGGGGCUACGGACGGAGGACGAACUAAGGGAGAUUGGAGCUACGCAUGUGGUUGAUCGGCAUGCGGACGACGUGCUCUCACAAGUGCGGGAUAUUGUGGGCGAUGAGCUCGUCUACGCGCUUGAUGCGUUCAAUUUCGGGCCGAAGCAGGAGCUGGGGGUUGCGGUGCUUUCGGACUCGCGGCGGGGGACGUUGGUGACGCUUGCGCCAGCGGUUGGAGAGGUCGAUAGCGCGAAGAUUGGGGAGAAGCGGGCGGGAUAUGAGAGGCGGUUUAUCAGGGGUUCAUGUGCUACUCAUCCGGAUGACUUUACGAAGUUGUUCUGGGAGAGGAUUACGGGGUGGUUGAAAGAGGGGGUUAUCAGGCCGAGUAAGUUUCGGGUUAUUGAUGGGUUGGAUGCGGAUGAGAUCAAUGCUGCGUUGGAUGAGUAUCGUGAUAUGGGAGGGAUGAAGGUGCAAGUCCAUCCCAAUGUUUGA